AUGGACGCGGCGGCGCUGGAGCGAGACGCGGUACAAUUUGCCCGGUUGGCGGUGCAGCGCGAUCACGAAGGUCGCUACUCAGAGGCGGUGUUUUACUACAAGGAAGCUGCACAAGCCUUAAUUUAUGCUGAAAUGGCAGGUUCAAGCCUAGAACGUAUUCAAGAAAAAAUAAAUGAGUAUCUGGAAAGAGUUCAAGCUCUACAUUCAGCAGUUCAGUCAAAGAAUGCUGAUCCUUUGAAAUCAAAACAUCAGUUGGACCUAGAGCGAGCCCAUUUCCUUGUUACACAAGCUUUUGAUGAAGAUGAAAAAGAGAAUGUUGAAGAUGCUAUAGAACUGUAUACAGAAGCUGUAGAUCUCUGUCUGAAAACUUCUUAUGAAACUGCUGAUAAAACCCUGCAGAAUAAACUGAAACAGUUGGCUCGACAGGCACUGGAUAGAGCAGAAGCAUUAAGUGAACCUUUGACAAAGCCACUUAACAAAGUCAAGUCAGUGAAUAACAAACCAAAGCCACCUCCAUUGAGAGCCCAUUUUCCACUAGGACCUAAUCCCUUCCUUGAAAGACCACAGCAGUUUAUAACUCCACAAUCAUGUGAUGCACAAGGGCAGAGAUACACAGCGGAAGAAAUAGAAGUGCUCAGGACAACAUCAAAAAUAAACGGUAUAGAAUAUGUUCCUUUCAUGAGUGUUGAUCUGAGGGAACGCUUUGCCUAUCCGAUGCCUUUCUGUGAUAGAUUGGGCAAGCUACCAUUAUCUCCUAAACAAAAAGUUACAUUUUCCAAAUGGGUACGACCAGAAGAUCUCACCAACAAUCCUACAAUGAUUUACACUGUGUCCAGUUUUAGUAUCAAACAGACAAUAGUAUCAGACUGUUCUUUUGUGGCAUCACUGGCUAUCAGUGCAGCUUAUGAAAGGCGAUUUAAUAAGAAGUUGAUUACCAGCAUAAUUUACCCUCAGAAUAAGGAUGGUGAACCAGAAUACAAUCCAUGUGGAAAGUAUAUGGUAAAACUUCACCUCAAUGGUGUCCCAAGAAAGGUGAUAAUUGAUGACCAAUUACCUGUUGAUCAUAAAGGAGAAUUGCUCUGUUCUUACUCCAACAACAAAAGUGAACUGUGGGUUUCUCUCAUAGAAAAAGCAUACAUGAAAGUCAUGGGAGGAUAUGAUUUCCCUGGAUCCAAUUCAAAUAUUGAUCUUCAUGCACUGACUGGGUGGAUACCAGAAAGGAUUGCUAUGCAUUCAGAUAGCCAAACUUUCAGUAAGGAUAGUUCCUUCAGAAUGCUUUACCAAAGAUUUCAUAAAGGGGAUGUCCUUAUCACUGCAUCAACUGGAAUGAUGACUGAAGCUGAAGGAGAGAAGUGGGGGCUGGUCCCCACACAUGCAUAUGCUGUUUUGGAUAUUAGAGAACUCAAGGGGCUUCGAUUUAUCCAAUUAAAAAAUCCUUGGAGUCACUUACGUUGGAAAGGCAGAUACAGUGAAAAUGAUGUAAAAAACUGGACUCCAGAGUUGCAAAAAUAUUUAAACUUUGAUCCCCGAACAGCUCAGAAAAUAGACAAUGGAAUAUUCUGGAUUUCAUGGGAUGAUUUAUGCCAGUAUUAUGAUGUGAUUUAUUUGAGUUGGAAUCCAGGUCUUUUUAAAGAAUCAACAUGUAUUCACAGUACUUGGGAUGCUAAGCAAGGACCUGUGAAAGAUGCCUAUAGCUUGGCCAACAACCCCCAAUAUAAACUGGAGGUUCAGUGUCCACAAGGGGGCGCUGCAGUGUGGGUUUUGCUUAGUAGACACAUAACAGACAAGGAUGAUUUUGCAAAUAAUCGAGAAUUUAUCACAAUGGUUGUAUACAAGACUGAUGGGAAAAAAGUUUAUUACCCAGCUGACCCAGCUCCAUACAUUGAUGGAAUUCGAAUUAACAGCCCUCACUAUUUGACUAAGAUAAAGCUGACCACACCUGGGACCCAUACCUUUACAUUAGUGGUUUCUCAGUAUGAAAAACAGAACACAAUCCAUUACACAGUCCGUGUAUAUUCAGCAUGCAGCUUUACUUUUUCGAAAAUCCCUUCUCCAUACACCUUAUCAAGACGGAUUAAUGGAAAGUGGAGUGGUCAAAGUGCUGGAGGAUGUGGAAAUUUCCAAGAGACUCACAAAAAUAACCCUAUCUACCAAUUCCAUGUAGAUAAGUCUGGGCCAUUACUGAUUGAGCUAAGAGGACCAAGGCAAUAUAGUGUUGGAUUUGAGGUGGUAACAGUUUCUAUGGUGGGAGAUCCUGGUCCCCAUGGCUUUCAGAGGAGAUCUAGUGGGGACUACAGGUGUGGGUUUUGCUACCUAGAAUUAGAAAAUGUACCUGCUGGUAUCUACAAUGUCAUUCCCAGUACUUUUUUGCCUAAACAAGAAGGACCUUUUUUCUUAGACUUCAAUAGUAUUAACUCCAUCAAGACAACACAACUUCAGUGAUGGAGAAAUCUCAGCAGUUACUGGAUUUUAUACUUACCAAACAUCAACUCUUCAAAUGAGGACACAAAUAAGACACUAAAAACAACAGUCGGAACUGAAUUAAAUCUCUGAAAAUGUGUUACAGUGGAAUCUGGUGCUCAAAUCAGGAGUUUGGUGAGAGUUGUACAUAGUCAGAAUAACCCUAAGUCACUCAGAAGUAUGGUUUACAUGGUUUUGUAUAGAGAUGGUUUGCGUUUAGGGGCCAUGUUGUAUAAAAAAAAUACAUAUUAUUAAAGAUUAGACUCACAGUCAGCACUGUGAGAAGCAUUUGCUAAGGAGAGAACUGAGAUGAGCUGAGGAAAUUGAGGGGCAUAGGCUCUUUGAGUAGAAUGGUGGGUGGGUAUAAUAUCUUGAAAUAUUUACAUUAUUUUCCCCUUAUUUUGCAGAGCAUGUUGUAAGUUAAACCUGCUUGUUUUGUGACUCUACUGUACAUCUUGGGCAACUAAUUACAAAAUGAAUCAUGUCACCAUAACCAGAAUUUAAUUCUGCAUUAUUUAUGAUUUUGAAAUGUUUAUUGUUGCCCAAGUAUUCUGGAAAAAAUAAAGCUUUAAGAAAUCCUAAUUAACAUAAAGAUGUUCAUGCUUAAGAAUGGAAGUUGUUGAAGUUAGAGACAUAGCUCCCAUUGAAUCAUGUAAAGAGAACUGAGGUCUCUAUACUAGUGUAGUUUUUCUUUUAUCGGAUUGAUUGAAAGUAGUAAACUUCUGAGAUGCUGAAGGACAUUAUAAUGUACUUUGAAUAGUCUUUUCAAUUGUGCUGUAGUUCAGUGCUCUUUAUGGUAACAGCACUUUGCAGAAAAUACAAUUGAGAAUUUAUUAUGUGGUGAUUGCAUUAUAUAUAGCAGUCAGAAAAAGUGAAUUGCCAAGAUACUGACUAGUAUCAUGUGUAAAUUCCCAGGUGUUCACAUAAAAAUUCAUCAGAACAGACAGUGCUCAAGAUUUUCAAGUUCUGAAAAUUAAUAGGGUGGGAUUUUUCAUUGUCUCUACUUUAUAAUUAUCAAAAACUUCUUAUUUUGUAUUUCACACUGCCUUUAAUUGAAAUAAAAUGUUUAUACUU